AUGAAGCUAAACAUCCUGUCCUACCGCCACGCGGCCAUCGCGAUCUCGCGCGUGCACCUGAAGUGCGGCGGCUUCAAGCGGGACUAUAGCAGCACGGACGACGCCGCCUUCAACGAGCAGGCUAGCCACGGGAGCUGGAUCGCGGGCACCGUCCGCGAGUGGCAUGGGUUCCUGGGCUUUGAGACGUACCUAGGGCCCCGCAAGCGGGCGUGGCAGCAGGACCAGGACCAGGACAUUGGGCUAGCUAAGCGGCCGUGUAUUACCAUAGAUAUAGACCAGGAUUAG